CAGGUCAUGCCCGGAAGCCUGGGAAGCUUAGCGAGCCCUGAGGGGGCAAACGGCAGGUACGAGACCCCCCCGGCGUCGGAACUGCAGAGGCUGAUGUGGACCAAGAAAGGCAGCGACAGCCACCACAUGGACGAGGUCCAGCCUAGGAUCUACUUGGGAGACAUGUACGCGGCCAAAGACAAGAGGAACCUGCAGGCUCACCGUGUCACCCACGUCCUCAACGCUGCCGAUGGCAAGUUCAACGUCAACACGGGUGCCUCCUUCUACCGCGACGCCAACAUCACGUAUCACGGCGUGGAGGCCUUCGACAUGGUGACCUUUAACCUCAGCCCCUUCUUUUACCCGGCGGCCGACUUCAUCAAGAGAGCUCUGAGCUCACCCGCAGGUCGAGUGCUGGUCCACUGCGCCAUGGGUCUCAGCCGCUCAGCCACGCUAGUCCUGGCCUACCUCAUGAUCCACAAGAGGAUGACGCUCCCGGAGGCCAUCAAGGCCGUCAGCGCCAACAGAAACAUCUCCCCCAACGCCGGCUUCUUGCAGCAGCUGCGAGAGCUUGAUGAACAACUGCAGUGCCACCAAGGGGCCGCGUGUCUCAAAGGGUGGACUUAAAAGUAACGUUCCAGGCUUGGAAGUAGAGUGAAAUAAAAGAAUCUGGCAUGUUAUAAUGAUGAUUUGAUGACUCUCUACCCAAGAACACCUGGUCUUGUUAUGGCCUCCAGCUCUUGUGAAUAUUAUUACUUCAGCCAAAGAGCCUGUAACUGUACAACUUCCCUUUCAUUACCAUUAUUUUUUUAGGAUUCGUAAGGUC